UAUUCACUGACCCACGUACCGAAAGAAUUAUUAUCUUUGGUUUUUCUGGGUUCGAUUGCCGUGUCCCACUAUGGCUACCCUACUGUGAUAAUUUUUCCAUACGUAUUUCUCAGACUAUGUCCUCCAAGGUCACUCUCCAAGUCAACUGACGUAUUAUCAACUCAUCCGGUCACGCCAACCAUCACCAAGAACGCUUAAAACAGUUGAAGACACUCAACUCUUGUUCAAUUAUAACACUUUUAGCUCAUUCAUAAAGGUAGUGUGCGAUUGAAGAAGCAUGAGUCCGGUUCAUGGAUUCGUAUUACUGCUUUUGUUUUCUAAGUUUAUGCCACUUCUCUUGGCAGCCGGGGACCAUGGAAGGUGUUCAUUUCCUUGUGGAUAUCUUGGCAAUCUCACUUUCCCUUUUACUAUAACUGGACGCCCCGACUGUGGCUUCUUGUCCAUACGAAAUUGUAGUGAUGAUCCACAUACGCCCAAAUAUAUCCAAUUACAACCAAAUGGAGGUUGGGUUCAGAACCGAAGUUGUGAAGUUUUCACAAACAGUUAUACUCUUCCUCUUAAAUCUCACUUUGCUGCUUUUAGAUUGUUAUACAACACAAGUCUGUUCUUGUGCAACAAGACCCUCAAUGUCACAAAUAAAAAUAUGAGCAAGUAUAAUGCGUGCCUUGGCUACGAUAUCUACUACAACCACUUCAAUAAAACAGACGAGGAUGCGUCUCAGAGUUCUUUGAAAGCGUGUAAAAAGGUCCUGCUUCCAAUUAAAGACGUGCCUGACGCCAAUGACCCAUUUACUUUCGUAACUGGCGAUGUCACUGUUACAGUAGCAUUAACAGAUCAAUGUUCAGAUUGCUACUAUCGCAAAGGAGGGCAGUGUCAACUUGACAGCAGAGAGCAAUUUUCUUGUGCCAACAGUUACGAGGAAACCAGAAAGAAAAUGUGGAAGGUGGCAACAGCUUCGACCGUGGUGGCUGCUGUACUCGUAGUGCUGAUGGUCUUGGUUUGCUGCUUCAGGACAAAGAUCUUCUAUCCUUUGUUUUGGAAGGAAAAUCCGACUCAUCGCGUUAUUGAGGGCAUUUUGAAGGAACACGGACCCCUUACCACAGCCAGGUUCAGUUAUUUAGAGGUUAAGAAAAUGACCAACUCUUUCAGAAACAAAUUAGGACAAGGGGGAUUUGGUAGCGUGUACAAAGGGAAAUUACAUGAUGGACGUGUUGUUGCAGUAAAAAUUUUAUCUGUAUCUAAAGGCAACGGAGAAGAAUUCAUCAAUGAAGUUGUGAGUAUUAGUAGAACUUCACAUGUUAAUAUCAUUAGACUUUUAGGAUUUUGUUUUGACAAUACUCACCGGGCUCUAAUAUACGAGUUUAUGCCUAAUGGAUCUCUUGACAAGUUCAUCUAUGAAGACAAAAAUGCAUCAAAGGAUGUUCAACAUCUGGAUUGGAAAAUAUUAAAUGAAGACAAAAAUGCAUCAAAGGAUGUUCAACAUCUGGAUUGGAAAAUAUUAAAUGAUAUUGCAAUUGGCAUUGCUCGUGGAUUAGAGUACUUAUAUAGAGGCUGCAACACUAGAAUUUUACAUUUUGACAUAAAACCUCACAACAUAUUACUGGACGAGGAUUUCUGUCCAAAAAUUGCAGAUUUUGGACUUGCAAAAGUGUGUCCUAGAAAAGAAAGUAUGGUAUCCAUAUUUGGUGCCAGAGGAACUGCAGGAUAUAUUGCUCCAGAGGUUUUUUCCAGAAACUUUGGUGCUGUGUCACACAAGUCAGAUGUUUAUAGUUAUGGAAUGAUGAUCUUAGAAAUGGUUGGAAGAAGAAAGAAUAUUAAGACAAAAGUAGACCGGUCGAGUGAAAUAUACUUUCCUCAUUGGAUUUAUAGUCGUCUUGAAUCAAAUUCAGAUCUUGGUUUAGAAAAUGUGAGAAAUGAAAGUGAAGAUGAAAUGGUGAGAAAGAUGACAAUAGUGGGCUUGUGGUGCAUACAAAGUCAUCCUUCAACUCGACCAACCAUAAGCAAAGUGAUGGAAAUGUUAGAAAGUAAAGUUGAUUUAUUGCAAAUUCCACCUAAACCAUUUUUGUCUUCUCCUUCACCAUCUCCGCACAAUUUGUCAUAUGAAAGUUUUAAUUUAUAAAGAUCGUAGUGUUACAAUUAUUUUUUACUUUUAGUUUGAUGUCAUAAGUUGGAGAGUUUUUUUUUUUGUUUUUUUUAAAAAUGUAUUUUCUUUAUUAUUCUUAAUAAAAAUAUUUUAUCAAAAUAUAUACAGUAGAUUUUUG